UACAUACUUAGGAUGGCAACAUCCAACAAGAAUGAACAAGCAACUGGUCAUGUUGCAGUGGUCGUCCUAGGUGACAUUGGAAGAUCACCUCGCAUGCAAUAUCAUGCACUGUCAAUCGCUCAGUUGCCAAACACAAAGGUGUCGAUCAUUGGUUACAACGAAUCGAUACCUCAUCCAACAAUUGUGAACAAUGAUCGUAUAAAGAUACACUCUCUACGUGCAUUCCCCGCAAUGUCCGAGAAGCUACGCGUCUCUAUACUAUGGCCUGUGUUGGCAGCACUCAAGGUGAUGUUCCAGAUCAUACAGUUGAUGUGGCAGCUACUGUUUGUUGUGCCACGACCUCUACAUACUGUUAUAGUGCAGUCUCCACCUGCUAUCCCCACCAUAUUCGUACUCCGCAUCGUCUGUUCGCUGCGCUCUGUGCGUCUAAUCAUUGACUGGCACAACCUUGGCUACACACUACUCCAACUAUCCAUUCGCAAGUCUGAGACACAUCCGAUCAUUCGUCUGGCCAAAUGGAUCGAGAAGACCUUUGGAAAGAAGGCUUAUGCCCAUCUCUUUGUCACUGAAGCCAUUAAGAACAAGCUUGUCAAGGAAUGGGGACUACAAGGCCAGACAUACGUGCUGCAUGAUAAACCAGCACCUAUAUUCAUGUAUAUGACUGAUAAGGAACGAUUGGACUUUGUCAAGCUGUUCAAGGACAAGUAUAAGAUCACGGCUGAGAAGGACGUUCGCUUCAUUGACAGCGCCCUACAGACUGCCAAGGGCUCAACACAAACCAGGACCGCCCUGGCAAUCUCCUCAACAAGCUGGACGCCAGACGAAGACUUCUCGAUACUGUUGAGCGCGCUAGUCGAGUAUGACCGCAAGCUGAACCGCAUCGAAGAGGGACGUCGUCCAAACAUCCUAUUCUUCAUCACGGGCAAAGGCCCUCAGAAGGAGUACUAUGAGCGCGAGAUCGCCAAGCUCAACCUCACACACUGCCAUGUGAUCACCGUAUGGCUGGCAUCGGAGGACUACCCCAAACUACUGGGCUGUGCCGACGUGGGCGUAUCACUGCACCGAUCAUCGUCGGGCUGCGACCUGCCCAUGAAGGUGGUCGACAUGUUUGGAUGCUGCGUGCCAUGCUACGCUGUCGACUUCCAAUGUCUGGACGAGCUGGUGCAGACAGGUGUCAAUGGUCGCGUGUUCAAUGACAGCUCUGAUUUGGCACAGUUCUUCUUUGACGACUUUGCCGACUAUCCAUCGACCAAGCUCAACAAGUUCCGCGAGAACCUGCGCGCCAAGAGAGCUGAAAACACAUGGGACAACGAAUGGCGACACAUCAAGCAUCUCUUUGAGAGCAAGCGCGAGCGUGGUGUAUCCACUCCAUCAUCAUCCUCUUCUUCAUCUUCAUCAUCAUCCACUGGCGAUAAAAAGACAAGA